AUGCAGCGUGCUGCUCAACAAUGUGCUGCCUACUACGGCUGCUACCAGCAGCAGCAGCAGCAGCAGUGGCAGCGCCGUGAUGAGGGGCGGCAGCAGCAGCAGCAGCUGCAUCAGCAGCAGCAGCGUCGGAAAAUCCCUCUCACGCCUCCAAAGGACAACCACCUCAGCAGCAGCAGCGGCAGCAGCAGCAGCAGCAGCAGCAGGAAGCACCACUUCCAGCGCCAGGCGGGCCGCCAGCUGACGCAGCAGCAGCAGCAGCAGCGGCAGCAGCAGCUGCUGCUGACCAAAGGGGGAGAGGGCUACAGCCGUUUUGCUGCUGCUGUUCCGCCGCAGCAGCGCAGCAGCAGCUUCAGAGACUCGUGGCACCCCCAAACCCCAGACCCAGCAGCACCUCUCAGUGUGGCUCAGUGGCGAGAAGUGCUGGGCCAGUGGCGGCGUCAAAUUCACAAGUGGACGAACCUUCCUGGGGACGUCUACAACGAGCUGCUGCUGCUGCCAGUCUCUCGCCAAAUCGAUUUGCUGCAGUCUUUGCCCCCCAGCAGGCUGGAC